UCUAAAAGCUGGCUCCUUGUAGAAUUCGGCGGGGCCUAUGGCCCAAACUGCUUAUUUUGCAGCAGUUUUAUCUCUAGCUGCUAUUAUUUUUAAACUUUAUUAUAGUUUUUAUUAGGUAAAAAUAAAUGCAGUACCCUGGCUACGAACAAGUGCCGCAGCAGCAUUAUUCUAUGUAUCCUCAGGAUCCUUACCAACAACAAAUUAUACAGCAGCAAUUAUACCAGCAGCAACUUCAGCAGCAACAUAUGCAACAGCAUCCCAUUCAGCAUCCUCCGCAGCCGCCGCAUUACCGAAUGCCCCUUCAGACCGAAAAUAAUGCAAUUGUUCAAGCCGAUGAAGAGCCGUUAUAUGUAAAUGCUAAACAGUUUGCUCGCAUUCUUAAGCGUCGAGAAGAGCGAAGCCGACUUGGACGUUUAUUUAAUAUUCCUCAAGAAAGAAUGCCAUAUCUUCAUAAAUCUCGCCACGAACAUGCUUUACGCCGUACACGUGGCGCAGGCGGCCGAUUUACUAAGAAAGAUGCAAGCGAAAAUAAUUUCAAUGACGGUGAUCAGACGUCUUUAAUGAAGAUGGAAAGUACUGGAGAAAAAGGAAUCUCCAAAGCGAAGUCCAGCAACAAACGUCGAAGGGGAAAAACUUCAGAAUCCAAAUCCAAAGUGAAGUGAAUAUUUUUAUUGGAUCGUUUUAAAAAAAUUAGUUUUGCUUCUCUUUCCUUCUCUUUUUAUAAUGUAAA